GGGCCCGUCCGGGUCGGUCUCAGUCAUUGUAAACAGGCGGCGGCUGGGCGGGGUCGGCAUGGGGCUCCCGGGGUCGGCCGGGGGCGCCGCGCGGGAGGCGGCUACGGUGGCUGGGACGGCCGCGUGAGCGCGCGGAGGCGGUGGCUGCGGCGGAGCGGGCGGCCGCGCGGCAGCUCUCCCAGGUGUAAUGGAUAGGUAACAGAGAAGACUUCACCUUUUUUCAGGGAGUCAAAAUGACCGAGUGCUUCCUGCCCCCUACCAGCAGCCCCAAUGAACAUCGAAGGGGGGAACAUGGCAGUGGUCUUACUCGAACCCCCAGCUCUGAAGAGAUCAGCCCCACCAAAUUUCCUGGAUUAUACAGGACUGGUGAGCCCUCACCUCCCCACGACAACCUUCAUGAACCACCUGAUAUUGUGUCUGAUGAUGAGAAAGAUCAUGGAAAGAAAAAAGGAAAAUUUAAGAAAAAGGAAAAAAGGACUGAAGGCUAUGCCGCCUUUCAGGAAGACAGCUCCGGGGAUGAAGCUGAGAGUCCUUCCAAAAUGAAGAGGUCCAAGGGGAUUCAUGUUUUCAAGAAGCCGAGCUUCUCUAAGAAGAAAGAGAAGGACUUUAAAAUGAAGGAGAAGCCCAAAGAAGAGAAGCCGCACAAGGAGAAGAAGUCAAAAGACCUGACAGCAGCCGAUGUCGUGAAACAGUGGAAGGAAAAGAAGAAGAAGAAAAAGACGAUUCCAGAGCCAGAGGUGCCUCAAGUUGAUCUUCCAAACCUCAGACCCAUUUUUGGAAUUCCUUUGGCUGACGCCGCAGAGAGGACCAUGAUGUACGAUGGCAUUUGCCUGCCUGCAGUUUUCCGAGAAUGUUUAGAUUAUGUGGAAAAGUACGGCAUGAAGUGCGAAGGCAUCUACAGAGUUUCAGGAAUUAAAUCAAAAGUGGAUGAGCUAAAAGCAGCCUAUGACCGUGAAGAGUCUCCAAACUUGGAUGAAUACGAGCCUAACACUGUAGCCAGUUUGCUGAAGCAGUAUUUGAGAGACCUUCCAGAGAAUUUGCUUACUACAGAGCUGAUGCCCAGGUUUGAGGAGGCUUGUGGCAAGCCCACUGAGGCCGAGAAGGUGCAGGAAUUCCAGCGCUUACUGAAGGGACUGCCGGAGUGUAACUAUCUUCUCAUUUCCUGGCUGAUUAUACACAUGGACCAUGUUAUCUGCAAAGAACUGGAAACAAAGAUGAACAUCCAGAAUAUUUCCAUAGUGCUCAGCCCGACAGUUCAGAUUAGCAAUCGUGUCCUGUAUGUGUUUUUCACACACGUGCAAGAGCUCUUUGGAAAUGUGGUCUUAAAGCAAGUGACAAAACCUCUUCGGUGGUCUAACAUGGCCACUAUGCCCACACUGCCAGACACCCAGGAGAGCAUCAAGGAGGAGAUCAGAAGACAGGAGUUUCUUUUGAAUUGCUUACAUCGAGAUUUGCAGGGCGGGGUAAAGGAUUUAUCUAAAGAAGAAAGAUUAUGGGAAGUACAAAGAAUUUUGACAGCCCUCAAAAGAAAACUGAGAGAAGCUAAAAGACAAGAGUGUGAAACCAAGAUUGCACAAGAAAUAGCCAGUCUCUCAAAAGAGGAUGUUUCCAAAGAAGAAAUGAAUGAAAAUGAAGAAGUUAUAAAUAUCCUUCUUGCCCAGGAGAACGAGAUCCUGACCGAGCAGGAGGAGCUUCUAGCCACGGAGCAGUUUCUGCGCCGGCAGAUUGCCUCCGAGAAAGAAGAGAUAGAGCGCCUCCGAGCGGAGAUUGCCGAAAUUCAGAGCCGUCAGCAGCACGGUCGAAGUGAGACGGAGGAGUACUCCUCAGAGACGGAGAGUGAGAGUGAAGAUGAAGAGGAGCUGCAGAUCAUUCUGGAAGAUUUGCAGAGACAGAACGAAGAGUUGGAAAUAAAGAACAAUCACUUGAAUCAAGCCAUCCAUGAAGAACGAGAGGCCAUUAUCGAACUUCGAGUGCAGCUCCGGCUGCUGCAGCGGCAGCGGGCCCAGUCUGAGCAGCAGGCCCAGGAGGAGGAAGAACUUGAGAGGCGUGGGGGAGGCCCUCAGACGCCAAGAGAAAGUGUUCUCGAGCCAAAAGCAGCUAAAGAGCAGCCAAAGGCCGUCAAGGAACAAGCAAAGCCAUCGCCAAGCAGAGACCGGAAGGAAACGCCCAUUUGAGCAGCCUCCUGUAGGCAUAACGAGCGUGCGUCUUACUGUGACACUGAGACUCAAAUGCACAGCCCUCCUGUGGUGUACAUUCUGUAAAGGUGUCUUUCUCUCCUCGGUAAUGCUUUCUUCUCUCACCUGUGACUACCACCAGGCUCAGGUUACAGGACAAAGCAACUGAAACAUUUUUGAACUUGAAGGGGCAGAUGGGUUUUCCAGAUAAUAUCAGCUUAUUUGAAGAUUAAUUUUCUUUGCUUAACUUAAAGUAACUGUUUUAAUCCUUGAGUGGCUUCUUUUAAACCAAAAAUUCUGUUUUUGCUUUUUUAUCACAGCAGAAUCAGGAUCUUUCUCCCAUUCAAGGGGGACAAACAAACACGUUGAGGAUUAUACCUGCCUUGUGGACUGAUCCAUUGUUCGACCAUCAGGAUUUCUGCUUACCCACUCACUCUUGCUUGUGCCUUUUAUACCUUUUCGGUGCAGAUUAUAUAAUGGGGAGUUGCCUCAUGGUUUCACAAACUAGCCAGAAUGACGCUUAGUGGGUGUCUUUUUUUUACCCGUCACCCCACCCCUGCGAAUUCUUUCAUUUUCCAGUUCCAAACCACAGGAAAUAAGCCCACAUCACCAAAUGGCUGAGUUCAGUCACAGACAUUGCUGGCUGCCCAUGGAGCGGGUCUGGGCCUGUGUCACGAGUGCUUGUGACCAGCAAACGCUUCUCCACCAAUCUGUCAGAGACAUCAGCUUGGACCUAAUCCACCUGACACAAAAGGUCUGUUUUAAUGCCAGGAAUCUGUCACACUGGUUUUCCAUGAAAAAUCUGUACUUGGGCUAACAUGUAAACCUCUCUGCCUCAAUUAAGCUGUGCAUGAGAGGCUUCAAGAAUCCCAUCAUCUUUCAAUUCCAUUGAUCCACAGACUUUCUGCAGCCCCCUGGCAUAUGCUCUUAAGUUUUAAAUCAUUCACAUCUCGAGUAUGUUGACUGAUGAACUCCCAGUUUACACAAUUGAGCAAUAGGGGGGAAAACCUUUUCCUUUUAAUCAUAGUAACGAUUCUCCACUCUCCGUUUCGUUUUGUUUGCUUCAACUACAUGAUCUGAAGCUGGGUUUUUAAGGCUCCUGUGCCUCGAUUGCACUCUGUCACCGUAAACAGCAUUCAUGAGAUAGGUCAAGUUCUCACAGUAAUGAAAGCAAAUCCCACACACAACCCAGGUGUUAAAAAUGCACUCCACCAGAGUGCGCUAUCCUUUCCUCUUCCUAGUUAGUAUUUAUUUUCAGCACCUGUUCAGUGUGGUUUCUUAUCCCCGACCUAUUGCACUGUUGUGACUCGUUGGCCAUUAUUUGAUUUUUGUACAGGGGGGAAAAGCUUUGUUAUAGAAAUCAGCAUACUAUUUUUUUAAGUCUGGAGAGAGAUAUUAUGGUGACUGAAAAUAUGGUCAAGUAUCGAAUAUAAAUGUAUAAAGUCCUUGCUGUCCUAUCAUAUCACAUUCAUGUUCUAUUUGCUGGCAAUAUUAAAAGUCUCCUUUUUU